ACAUUUUGUUUUUAUCUUCAUUUCUCAAAGACAUGUGCUUACUUUGCCGGUGUGAAAGUUUAUAGGAAAAUUUCAUAAAACUAAUGCCUUUCUUUUGAUUAACGUUAAUAAUUUGUUGUCUUAAAAAAUGGCGCGUCGUCCUGAACAUCUUGCACCACCAGAAAUCUUCUACAACGAAGAUGAAGCCCGCAAAUAUACAAACAACACCCGCAUAAUCGACAUCCAGGUGCAGAUGUGUGAAAGGGCAAUCGAGCUGUUGGCCCUGCCGGAAGACGAUACCCACCUCAUAUUGGACAUCGGAUGCGGUUCCGGUCUAUCCGGAAGUGUGCUGGAAGAGCAGGGCCACGUCUGGGUGGGCGUUGACAUUGCCAAGGCCAUGUUGGAAGUGGCCGUUGAGCGCGAGGUCGAAGGCGAUCUCAUCCUAGGCGACAUGGGACAGGGAAUGCCCUUUAAGGCUGGAACUUUCGACGCAGCGGUUUCGAUUUCGGCGCUGCAGUGGCUGUGUAAUGCCGAUAAGAAGUCACACGUUCCGCAGAAGAGAUUGUAUCAGUUUUUCAGCACGCUGUUUUCCUCUUUGACACGGAACGCCCGGGCAGUGUUUCAGUUCUAUCCGGAGAAUUCGGACCAAAUCGAACUGGUGACGACACAAGCAAUGAAAGCUGGCUUCUACGGUGGCCUGGUUGUGGACUAUCCAAAUUCGUCCAAAGCGAAGAAAUACUUUCUAGUGCUGAUGACCGGUGGAAUGGUUAAACUGCCGGCAGCGCUUGGAACUGAAGAGGAUUCGAGUCAAAUUCCGUACAGCAGAAAGCGGGAACUGGCACGUAAUGCCCGUGGGAAACCAUUGAAGAAAUCGCGAGAGUGGGUUCUGCAGAAGAAGGAACGCCGGCGUCAGCAAGGGAAUGAUACUCGAACCGACUCGAGAUAUACCGCGAGGAAACGAAGUGGUCGUUUCUGAGGUGAGUGGAGUUAUAUGGUUUCUAUAAAUUAUUAUAAAUUGAA